UACACACAUAUAUAUUUAUAUUUACAUUAAUGAAGGAAAAGAGUUGAAACUAAAUGGAGUUAAAAGGUUUUCUCCUGUGUCUGAACGUCUGCUAUUUGACCGCAUUAUCCACUUCGCCACAGAAGAGUUGUGGGGAACGGCCUCUUUUUGGUCCUCCAGGUGCUUCUCGGAUCGUGGGUGGCCGGGAGGCUCCCGAGGGGGCGUGGCCAUGGCAGGUCAGCAUCCAGAUCCAAUACAGACACCACUGUGGUGGCACUCUCCUCAGCAGCGUCUGGGUGCUCACUGCCACACACUGCUUCUACCACCACCUACGGAUCGGCCUGAGCUAUUUUCGUGUGGUGGCAGGACUAAAUACGCUAUCUUCUCCAGGAAAUUACGCCCAGGUCCGCUCCAUCAGGGGAGUGAAAAUGCACGAUGGUUACAACAUUUUCACAUCCGAUAACGAUGUGACGCUGUUGCUGCUCAGCUCGCCCUUUAAGUUCACCAACUACAUCCAGCCUAUUUGCCUUCCUGGUGAUGUGAUCCACGAGGCCAUGCUCAACCUCAGCCACUGCUUCGUCAGUGGAUGGGGAAGCACCUAUUACAAAGGCCCGCUGACGAACAAACUGCAGGAAGCUGAGGUGGAGCUCAUCGACAGACAAACAUGUAACCGGGUCACCUGGUAUAACGGCAUCAUCACUGAGAAGAUGAUCUGCGCAGGACUGGAGAGCGGAGCAGCCGAUUCCUGUCAGGGUGACAGCGGGGGCCCGCUGCAGUGCUACAGCGAGAAUCAGGAUAGGUUUUAUCAGGUUGGCGUGACGAGCUUCGGAGACGAGUGUGGACUUCCUCUCAAGCCUGGGGUGUACGCACGAGUCAGCAUUUUUUCAAAGUGGCUGACUGCGAGUCAGACAGCGGUAGCAGCAUCUGUCCACAGAGCGAGCACGGGAGUCAUCGCAGCUCUGCUCGCUGCUGCUUUGACGCUGCUCUGAAACAUCCAGACUGGCAGCAAUAAACCUCCAAACUAAAGCAAA